UGUGAAGACUGGGCUUGAAAAAAACAAUUUAAACAUGGCAGUCAUUUUUAAAAUAUGCGAAGUGAAAAUCUUGUGAAGAAAAUGUGAGAAAUACACUGUAUAAAAGAGUAUGAAUAAGAAAGAGGAUAUCUUUGGUGUUGAAGAUGUGUUGCAGGUAAUAGAUGAUAUCAACACUAGUGAAAUUGAUUUCAGUGAAGAAUCAUCUGAUGAUGAAUACCAGCUAAUUGCUGAUAAUGAUGGAUACAUUGAUUUGCUUUGUGAUUCUGUAACAAGCGCAGAUGAAAACGAUGAAGAAAAUACAAGUACAGAUGGUGAUGAUUGCAUUCCAUUGGCUCAAAGAGUCAAGUCUUUUGCUGACAAUGAGACAAAAAAGGGUGUUUAUCGAUGGCGAAGACAUAGAUAUGUGCAUGUUGAAAAGCCUUUCAUGGGUGAUCAGUAUAUUGUACCGGAACCUCCACCAUCACCUUUGACAAUUUUUCAACAGUUUGUAAACAAAGAGAUGCUUAAAAACAUGUGUCAGCAAACUAACAUUUAUAGUGUUGAAAAAACUGGAACAUCUGUUAAUACUACAGUACAGGAAUUAGAAAAAUUAAUUGCAAUAUACUUCCACCUGGGGCUUUGUCAGCUUCCAUCUAUAAGAGCAUACUGGGAGAGAGCUACACGUUACCCACCAAUUGCUGAUGUACGGUGGCCCACAACUGUCACGGCAAAACAGUAAACUCACGGCAAAAUAAAGAAAACUCGCGGCAAAAUAAAGAAAACUCGCGGCAAAAUAAAGAAAAC